AUGUUUCUGUCAAAACUUCCUUCCGUGGUCACAUUUUGGCUAGCCGUGGCAGUCACCGGCAAUACGUUCGAUCCCAAAAAUUACGCCAAAGCAGAUGUCAUAGUCUGCAAUGUUGCCGUGGUUGGAGGGGGAUCCUCGGGAACAUAUGCCGCCAUCAACCUGCGCAAGAUGGGCCAGAGCGUAGUGGUUGUGGAAAGAAAGAAGCACCUGGGUGGCCACACAAACACUUACACUGAUAAAUCUACUGGUCUCACUGUGGAUUAUGGCGUGCACUCGUUCCUGAACAGCUCUAUCACGCUUGACUAUUUUGCCCACUUCAACAUCUCCCUUGUCAAGUCUACCGAGCCCAGUGCCACUAUCUCGUUGGCAGAUUUUAAUACAGGAAACCCUGUGAUAUUCAACCCCAGUCGAAACCUGACCGGAUGGGCCAUUCAGCUCGCGCAGUACCCUUGGCUGGACUCUACCUGGAAAAUCCCACAGCCUGUUCCUCCAGACCUGCUCCUACCAUUGGGGGACUUCCUUGUCAAAUAUAACAUCUCGGAUGCUGCUUUUAACCUUUAUCUCAGCUCCCAGGGAAUUUCAAAUCCACUACAGCAGUUAACAGUCAACGUGAUGAAGAUGGUGGACGCUGCAUACUUGAGAGAAAUAGCAGGUGCUGGGCUCAGCACCGCAGAUAAUAACAACUCUGAGCUAUACGUCAAGGCUCUUGCUGAGCUGCGAUCAGACGCCCUCGUCUCCUCAACCGUGACGGCUGCUGCAAGACAACAAACAGGACGAGGCGUCUCACUCGUCGUCAAGACGCCCACGGGAUUCAAGCUCGUCCAAGCAUCUAAGCUUUUGAUCACCAUUCCCCCGACUCUAGAAAAUAUGAGGCCAUUCAACUUAAAUCUAGAGGAGCUUCAGAUGUUCUCACAGUGGACCUAUAUGGGCUACUAUACCCUACUACUCAAUAACACUGGUUUGCCCGAAGGGUACCAGUGGAUCAAUGCGAACAACUCAUCUGCAACAUACCACAUUCCUCAGCAACCUGGAGCUUCCCAAAUUAUGAGCACCCGCAUUCCGGGAGUGUUCUACGUCUGGUACCGUAGCCCGUCACACAUGACGCGGUUGGCAGUCGAGCAAGCGACUAUUCGGGCCAUUCAGAACCUGCAGAAAGCACAGAACUUUACGAUUACAACUCCCCAAAUCAUCAAAUUCAACUCUCACACGCCAUUCAAGCUAAGUGUGUCGGCUCAAGCUAUCCGCGACGGUUUCUACAGUGACCUGUAUGCGUUGCAGGGAAAACGUAGCACUUGGUACACCGGCGCUGCAUUGAUCUCUCACAAUGGAGGGGUUAUUUGGAAAUUCACGCAGGCGCUAUUGCCCCAGAUUAUUGCAGCUCGAUCAGGGGCGACCUGCGGCUGA